AGUUGACAUGUUUGUGUUACAUGUAAAGAGAGCCGGUUCAAUCAGAAACGAACACAUUUACUGAGGACAGUCGCAUUUAAUUUCAUCGAGGUAACAUCAUGAUGCUGAAGUUUGUACAGCAGUCUCACCUGUGACUGAGGAGGACAGAAUGAACAGGACACAAGAACUCACUGGCAUCAAUGUCAUUUUAUUCUAGGGCAUCGCUGUGAGGUUGGCAUGUUUUGCCGAACAGCACAUUUCCGCGGGAGAAGGGCUGUCCUUUGGCAGAUUGUUGCAUUGUUCAGCCCAUCUGCCGCCGGGAGAGGCUAACAGUGAAGCAGCAUGUCCAGUGGGAAUGUGUCCUGCCUGUUUGAGAAUGGAUCGGUCAGCUUGCUCUCCUGCUUGGUUCAUGUGUGGGAGGUGUGGGCAGGACUUGGAAAGCUCGAGGACUACCUCAGUUUCUUGGAGUAUCUGCUGUGGGUUUUCACACCUCUAGCCGUGGUCUUCAUCCUGCCUUUUCUCAUAGUUAUCCUCCUCUAUCUGUCCAUCCUCUUCCUCCACGUGUACAAGCGCAAGAACCAGUUGAGGGAAGCUUAUUCGAACAACCUCUGGGAUGGUGCGAGGAAAACUCUGGCUACCUUAUGGGAUGGGCACGGAGCUAUAUGGCAUGGUUAUGAAAUCCAAGGUUUAGAGAAGAUUCCAGAUGAAGGACCUGCACUUAUAGUUUAUUAUCAUGGCGCUAUUCCUAUAGACUACUAUUAUUUCUUGGCAAGUCUUAUUAUUCAGAAGGGAAGAACUUGUCAUUCGGUGGCUGAUCAUUUUCUGUUCAAAAUCCCAGGGUUUAAGCUUCUCUUGGAGGUGUUUAGUGUGAUCCAUGGACCGCAGGAGGAGUGUGUGAAGGCCCUGCGGAAUGGGCACCUCCUGGGCAUCUCUCCAGGAGGGGUACGUGAAGCCCUGUACAGUGAUGAGACCUACACUCUUUUCUGGGGCAAACGCAAAGGAUUUGCACAAGUGGCCAUUGACUCUAAAGUGCCAAUAAUACCCAUGUUUACUCAAAAUGUCAGGGAAGGAUUCCGCUCUCUAGGAACAUUAAAAUUUUUCCGAUGGGUGUACGAAAGGUUCCGCUUGCCAAUAGUACCUGUGUACGGAGGUUUUCCAGUCAAAUUUUGCACCUAUUUGGGUGACCCCAUUCCAUAUGACCCCAAACUCAAUGCAGCUGAGUUAGCUGAAAAGGUGCAACAGGCAGUUCAAGCACUUAUCGACAAACACCAGAAGAUACCUGGCAAUGUCCUCCGAGCUCUUUUGGAGCGAUUCCAAAGGGAACACAAAGAGGAAUAGCUCACUUGCCUUUUAUAGACUGAGCAAAUAAACAAACUGGAGAUUUUAUGAUGAUGUUACACCAUAAGAUGAGCGUUGAUGUUACUGACACUGUAGUGGAUGUGUCCGGAGCACGAAAACAAAAGUAUCUGCAUAUAUAGCAACGUUGCAAAUCAAAUAAUGGUGCAUGUCUUUGUCUGGUUACAUGUAAUCUUGUAUGCAUGUUUGAGAAUGUUUGGUCUGGAGUAUUUGUGUGAUUUUGUUUUUACACACUUUGAUCUAUUCAAAGGACCACUGCCAAAAGAGUUUGUUGUCCACAAAGCCUUUGGUUACUUUUUUAUGUCCUUAAAAAAAAAAAAAAAAAAAAAUAUAUAUAUAUAUAUAU